AUUUUUUUUUUUUUUGCACAAAAGCUUCUUUAAUGAACAAUAAAAACCUCUGUAAACUGGUAACUCCGUUGUUCCCUUGGUGUGUGCUAAUUCCUGAAGGAUCUUGUCAGCGUCCCUUUGUCUCAAAGGCAGAAGAGGGCACGUCCCAGAAUGUCACCUGAAGCUUUUGCAGCAGAGGCAGGGCGAUGCCAGGAAUCCUGAGGCUGAAUGACAGGAUUCAGGUUUACAUUGCAGCAUGCAUGUCCUAUCAAGCCUUUUUAUAUGGAGGGCAGCUGUGGGCUUGCCAGGGAUUGCUGCUGCUUGUCUCUUCCCUGGAUGAGCGCAAUGCCUGCUGUGAGGUAACACUGGGGUGUUGCAAUUCCCAUGCACGGGCUGGAGGGAGUUCUCGCUGGAGCUGUUUGCGAGUCAGCACUGCAGCCUGCUAUCAUUUAGUGUGGCUUUCCUGUGUCUUCAUUUCUUGUUUUUAUUUUGAUUGCAGUAUAUUUCUUAUAAAUGCUUAACGACACCAUUGAUUCUCUUGACUAAACUUACUGGUCUUUAAUACCUGUGCUAGCUUUGGGCAGUGGGUUCUGGGCUGUGAAAUGAUGCCUGGUUGGUUCUGACCUCCUGGGAAUACCUGCCCAACUCUGGUCCCUCCCUCUGCUUGCAUACUGCUGUUGAUUUUAUAAUCAGGGCAUAAAGAGGGGUGUGGUAAUUGCUGUGCGUAGGUGUCAGUUCUCACUACUUCUCCCAGCUGUUCCAAGAUUCCUCAGUCUGGGAGAAGCACGGGAAAUAACCAGCACUGAGGACUGUGUUGGGAACAGCAUGGCGAGCAAGUGGAGAGGCUGGGUGCUGAUCCUCUCCGUGUGCUUGGGGUCCUACCAAGGUAAGGUCAGGCCUUGUGCGUAGGGCUCUUUCCUCAAGAGAGCUCAGAAAAUGCCUCUGAACCCCAGAACUAUUCCAAGCUAUCUUGAGCGUGUGUUCCUCAUAAAGGAUCAGAAAGGUUCAAACUCAGUAGCAUGCUUCCUUGUCCUCUGUGGUUUUGGGCACUCUCCAGUGGGUUGUGCUUUGAUUCCUGUUCACUUGGAAUUGAGCGUUCUGGUUUUUGCCCUGAAUGGUGAUUUUAAGUGCAGAAAAUGAUUCCUGUAGGAGCCAGCAGAGCUGGUGUUUUGUAGGGGCUCAAGAGGAGUGGAGGAGAUGAGAUUGAAGAGGAUGAGUCAAUGUGGAAUCUCAGCAGCUUGGCUGCUGCCCUCUGUGCUGGGGCCUGGAUGUGGAUGUGUGCUGUGGGAGCCAUUGCUUGUACUGUGGGGAAUCAGAAUAGUGCACACAGCUUUCUCUUGGGUUGGGGGUAGGGAAGCGGGAAACCUUUUUUGUUGAGUUUCCUAGCUGGGUCUUGGUGAGCUCUGGGUUACCGGGUGCAAUGUUGGAGAGCUCCUGGAGCCCUGACCAGUAGGGCUUUGGGAGCAGAUUCCCCAGGCAGCAGAAGGCAGAGGGGUCUGUACCCAAUGAUCCUUGCUGACAGAGGGAGGGAAGGGGGUUGGAAGCACUUACAAGAAAAUUCCUUGGGGAAGCCACAGAGCUCUGUAGAUGCAGGAAGGUGAACUUAAGACCUUUUGUGCACUUCUUUUGGCCACCCUCCCAUUGGACUCCACAACCUGUGCUGUGUUGGCACUGCGAUGGAGUUGUGCUCCCCACAUGGGGACGUGCUGGGGGGGGCACGGGCUGCUGGGAGCUUCCUUACUAGCAACAGGACCAGCAGGAAAAUUCACCUGUGUGCUCAGCACGUUGGAGCCAGCCUGUGGUGAGAGGGAGUGCAGCUCUCCCUUCCACAUCCUCGCCAACUCCUCAUUUCCUCAUUCCUGGAAGGUUUUCCCACCAGCAACGUUAACAUCACCUCUUCUUGGCCAGAUCCUUGGAUGGUUUUGGGGGAAAAGCUGCAUUUGGGGAGUGUGUUGCUGGCUGGUAACUGGGGCGCAGGGCCCACAUGCCACCCCCAGGCUUGCACCACAACCGGUUCUCCGGGCUCAGCCGGCUCAGCUGUGGAACGAACGCUCCUCCGCGCCCUGCAAUGUGCUCAGGGCACAGCAGCGAUCCCAUCCCUACGUGUCCUUCAGAGGGCUGUUCCCAUCUGGGGAUCAUUUGUGUGGCUGGUCUCCAGCCUGGUGCUGGUAGAGGUGCCCAUGUCUGUGGGUCAAUCAGUUCGUGGCUGUUGGAUUAGGUGGGGCUGUGUCUGUGGGUCAAGCUGGGCCAUCCCAAUGUGCACACUCAGUGUUUUUGGGUUGUGUGGUGCGUGCAACCCCUUCCGUGCUUACUCAGCAUCUUGCAGGAUGAGCUGGUGACCCAACAUCCAUGAAAACAGUGAUUAAAAUGGACAGCUGUCUGAUCUGGGAGGAUGUGGCAGGUGGGAAUGGAAUCUUGGGCCACUUCAUGCUGGGGCUGCGCACCCCUCUUUCCUAACUGUGGCAUCAUAUUUCUGCGUGCAGUCCUGUUUUCCUUCAUCAAAGCAGCAUCAAGAGGGAGAACUGGCUUAAAAAAAUAAAGGGUGGAUUUUGCAAGGGGAAAGCAUCAGCGCUCCUUUUUCUGCCAUGUAGAUGUAUGUAUCGUAAAUAGGUAUUUUUAUAUAUAGUCAGCUUAGAAAUAGUCUCAGGUUGCAAUGCUUUGUCUCUUUUCUUUUAAAUGGAGCUGCCCCUUAGCUCUUGUCUGCCUUGCUGUUCCUGUUCAACACACCGUUGCUGUACCUACAUCAGUGGAUGCAGUGAGUGUGUGCGUGCCUGUGUGGGACUAUUCCAUGAGAACAGUCCCUGUCGGACCCACCCUGCCCUGGAGCAGCCCAGCAGCACUGCAGAGAGAUGUGCUAGCACUUUUGCUGUAGAUGCAGCUUGUGAAGGGAUGCUGCUUGCCUUGUCGUGCCUACACAAAAUGCAUCCUGACAAGUGGAGGUGGCAAUUAAAUACUGAUGGCGGGAGGUGCUUAUCGGGUGGCAUUACACCAUGCCUGGUCUGAGCGAUGCUGUCAGCUCUGGAUUAUUCAUUUUGCAAGAUUUAUGAGUGUUUUUUAUACGGUGACGCCUUUCCAGGUGUAUUCAGCCUUCCAGCCUGUGGGUGCCUCACAUUCACUGUGAUUUUAAGAUGCUGUGAUGUGCGCCUGUCUUUAUUGAGGGCAAUAAAUGAUGUUGCAAAAGGAGAAGGAGGCAGAGUUGGGGCUGUGUGAGAUUUGGGUGUCAGCAGCACGUGGCAGAGAUAAAAUAAUAGUAGAUGAUGCUAUUGCGAAAGCUGAGGCGAGUCAGGGCAGGAGGAAUGAGCAGCAUAGCAUCGCUCCUUGCCUUUGUAGCCAGGGAUGGGAUGAGAUUGGAUGGAAUGGGAAGCAAUGAGAUGGAUAGGAUGGAAUGAGACAGAAUGUGAUGGUAUGAAAAGAGGGUGUGACGGAAUGGAGAGAGAUAAGUUAGGAUGUAAUGGGAUGAGAUGGAAGAGGAUGGUAUGAAGUGGGAUGCAAUGAGAUGAGAUGAGAUGGGAUAAGAAGAGGUGAGAUGAAAUGUGAUGAUAGGAUGGUUGAGAUGUGAUGGAUAGAAUGGAAUGGGAUUGGAUGAGGUGGGAUGCAGUGAGAUGGAAUGGGAUGAAAGGGGAAAGAGUGGGAUGAGAAGAGAUGAAAUGUGAUGGGAUUUGAUGUGAUGGAAUGGGUUAAAAUGAGUUGGGAUGAGAAGAGAUGGGAUGAAAUGUGAUGGGAUGCAAGGAGAUGGGAUGGGAGGCUUGCGUGAAGCAGGCUGGCCGUCCAUGGGUUGGAGGUUAUGCCACCCUUGGGAUCCAUGUGUAUGCCUCAUGUUUCCCUCUUCUUCCCCAGCUGGGGCCAGCCCCCUCCCUGAGUGUGGCGAGCAGCCGGAGGAGUGGUGCCGUGAUGUGGGGACGGCAGCCAAGUGCGGGGUGCUGGAGCUGUGCCGGCUCGCUGUUUGGGACCAACCAGUAGGGCAGAAGGGGAUCCCAUGCCACCUGUGCCAGGUGGUGGUGUCUAUGAUGGGGAAGAUCCUGCAGGACAACUGCACCGAGGAAAAGCUGCGGCUCUUCUUGGAUAAGAGAUGUCAGUAUCUGCCCUUCCAGGACUGGUCGGUCAAGUGCAAGAAGAUGGUGGACACUGGUGUCCUCAUCCUGGCUCAACUGGGCAAGCAAGUGCUGUCAGACCCAAAAGUGGUGUGUGGCACUAUCAAGUUGUGUCAACCCCGGGGGGACCUUGAAGGGGCCCUGAAGUUCCAGGAACAGCCACCAGCCCCCGCUGACCCGGCACAGGACUUGGCCCAACUGGCUGUGCCCUUCAUCAAUGGUGUCCCACUCCUGCUCCAGCCCCAGGACCUGCCGCAUACCCAGGACACUGGGGACCUGUGUGAGGACUGCGCCCGGCUGGUGGCAGCUGUGCAGUUGGAGCUGAGCAAUGGGGCCACCACUGCUCGCUCACUGGUGGCCCGUGCCAAGGAGGAGUGUGAGGGCCUGGGGCCCGUCCUGGCACAGAGGUGCAAUUACUACCUGGUCAAGUAUGCAGACACAGCUGCCUGGAUGCUCCGGCACUUGCUGGCUGAGGACCCACGGGAGCUCUGCAGCAUGCUGGAGCUCUGCCCCACAGCAGACCCAGGAUCCCUGCCGCUCUCCGAGAAGAUGGCCCAGCUCCUGGGCACGCUACUCUCCAAUACGGAGGCCACGCCGCUGUGUGAGAUAUGCGAGUUCGCUGUGCGGGCGGCUGAGAGCCUCCUGGAGAACAACAUGACGGAGGAGCAGCUGGUGAGCGACAUUGAGAAGGUGUGCUACAUGCUGCCGCACAGCGUCAUUGGGCAGUGCAAGGACUUUGUGGAUUCGUACGGCAAGGCGGUGGUCAUCAUGCUGCUGGAGGCCACCGACCCGCAGGCUGUGUGCACCAUGCUGCAUGUCUGUCCGCGCCAGGAGGCGGCCCAGGGGGCAGAGGUGGGGGCAGGGCUGGAGGCAGCACUGGAGCCGGCUGCUGGAGCAUUCUGCAACGUCUGCCAGAUCUUCAUCACUUACCUGGAUAACGAACUGCUGAAAAACGAGACGCUGACGGAACUGGGCGCUGUGCUGGAGAAGGGCUGUGAGCUGCUGCCCGGCCCGCUCACCAGCACGUGCGAGGCGCUAGUGAUGCAGUACGAGCCAGCAGCUGUGCGGCUCCUCGUGCAGAUGAUGGACCCUGACUUUGUCUGCACUAAAAUCCGAGCUUGUGACUCAGACCUGACCUCAACCCCUUGUGCCCAAGGACCUGACUACUGGUGCACCAGCAUGGCCACAGCCACUGAGUGUGACGCUGUGGAGCACUGCAGGCAGCAUGUGUGGAACUAGGAGCAUCUCCACCCUGGACCCUCCCUCCCUUGGGAUGCAGCCACAGCACCAGGGAUGGGGUGUCCCAGAGGCUCCCUGCUGCGCUCUGGGGCACUCCAGCCCACUCCGCCUUCUUCUUUUCCACCCCCGGGGCUUGGAUUUUUGGAUCAGGUUAAGGGAUUUUUGCCUUGUUGUUGGGACUGGGAGCUCAGCGGUAGGCUUGUUUCAACAUACCCUCCCUUAUGCUAUUCGCUGAGUGAAAACCUUUGGUUGUUCCCUUUCACAACCCACCCAGAACUGACACCAAAGCCAUGAUCAGGGCAACUCCAUGGACUGGGAUGGGCUCUGCUGCUGCAGUGCUGGUCCCAGAUUGCUGGUGCUCUCCCACCAUGAGUCCCAUGUGAUUUUUGGCAAGACCUUUGCUAGACUCGGUCCCAACUGGGGCAAUUUUUUAAUUUUAUUUUUUUCCCAUGGUCAUCAGUUAAAGAAUCAAAGCAGAUUCCACGUGCCUGGCUUUGCAUGACUUCUGCAGUAGAUGAAUGUUGUAGGGGGGAAGGAGAAGACAUAGGCUGGGUUAGAAACAGGCAUUUUUAUAUAUACGUAAAUAUAUUACAUGUGUUUAUAUAUACGCAUAUCUGCUAUGUGUGUAUAUAUACACAUAUGCAUACGUGUUUAUGUGUACAUGUAUAUACACAUAAAUACAUAUAUUUAUGUAUAUGUAGAUAGAUGGACAUUGCCUUGACCCUGCUGCUGUGCGGGGAUGGGCAUAGCCUGCAGAAGGAUUGCAAACCCAGCACUGCAGGGCCAGGAUGUGGGGUUCCUUGGCUGCAGGGAGGCAUGGGCUGGUAUCCCCAGCCCUGGGCAUGGGAUGUAACAUGGGGUCACCUUCAAUCCACUGGCACGGGAGCCUUGCUGGAAUAUAUGUAUAUAUAGUGUGGGCAUCCCCUGAACACGCAAAUGAGUGAGUUUGGGGUUUCCUUCCUAGCAAAUAUCUCUUGCAGGGGAUCCUGAUGCCAAAGUGUGGUGAGGAGGCAGUAGUGUGCCCCACUACACCACCAAUAAACACCUCCAUCAGCCUGG